AUGUUGCAAUCGGGGAUCGACUCAGAAGCGGAAGACGACGAUCAAACUGACGAUCAAACUGACGAUCAAACUGACGAUCAAACUGACGAUUGGGCUGACGAUGACGAUGAGCCAGAAGAUAAUACCAAGCAUCAGCGGAUAUUCCACCAUCUGACGAAAGCCGCUGAAGCCCAACAUCCAAUGGCACAGUUACGCCUGGCCGAGUGCUAUCGCAACGGCCAUGGUGUCGAUCAAGACUUUACUAUAGCUGUCGAGAUGUAUCGCAGGCUUGCAGAUCGUGGGAUCCCUCAGGCACAAAUCUCUCUCGGAAGUUGCUAUGAGAAUGGCGAAGGUGUUGGACAAGACAUUGACUCAGCCAUCGAGUGGUACUCCAAGGCUGUGCUCGCCAACGAGGGCCACAGCGAUAGCCAGUUAUGGAUUGGAGAUUGCUACCACCAUGGCGAUGGAGUAUCGGAGGACAACGAGAAGGCAUUUGUGUGGUUCAGCAAGUCGGCUGACCAAGGCAACUCAUAUGGGCAGUGGAUUGUUGGUGGGUGCCACUACUCUGGACACGGAGUCACCAAGGAUUAUACCAAGGCAGUCGAGUGGUAUCGCAAGUCGGCCGAGCAGGGCAAUCGAUACGGACAGUCCAAUCUCGGCUAUUGCCACCAAUAUGGCCGUGGUACCCCCGAGGACAUCGACACCGCUGUUUUCUGGUACCGCAAGUCUGCCGAUCAGAAUUCCUGGGCUGCCAUCGACAGCCUCAAGUAUCUCGGCAAGUGGCCCUGA